AUGUUACCAACGGUGGCGGUGAAGGACACGGCAAAGGACGCCUGGGAGGCGGUCAAGACCGUGCGCGUCGGAGUUCAGCGCGUGCGAGAAGAAAAUGCGCAGAAGCACCGGCGGGAAUUCGGUGAAAUCACCUUCAAGGAUGGGGAAUCAAUCGAUGAUUUCUCCAAGCGCAUCACCGGGCUCGCUAACAAUCUUCGUGUUCUUGGUGAUAACAUCUCAGAUGCGGAGAUUGUAAGGAAAUUCUUGCAGGUGGUGCCCGCUCGGCUGUCUCAAGUCGCCAUCUCCAUUGAAACGCUCCUCGACCUCAACGAACUCUCAGUGGAAGAGGUCACUGGUAGGCUGCGCACGGCCAGAGAUUGUCACAGCAAGAAGAAGGGCCACGAGAAGUCGCACAUCACCCAGGCUGAGGAAGAUGAACCUGCACUAUUGAUGGCCCCGCAGGCGGAGGAGCAGCGCGUUCCUGAACGUGCGCCGAUGCCAUUUGAACCGCUCAAGCUGGAGGAAGCAAAAGUCUUCACUCAGCUGGGUCAGGCAGGGGAACGCGGGCACACCAAGUGGGUGCUUGACAUUGGAGCCACAAAUAACAUGACAGACUCUCGGUCAGCAUUCUCCAAGCUUGACACCGGUGUUCAUGGAACCGUGAGCUUCAGAGACGGCUCGGUCGUCAACAUCGAGGGGCACGACAUCAUCUUAUUCAUGUGCAAGAACGGUGAACAUCGAGCACUUACCGAUGUCUACUUCAUUCCCCAUCUCACGGCGAACAUCGUCAGCAUCGGGCAAUUGGAUGAGUUCGGCUGUGACGUUCACAUCGGCGAUGGCUUUCUGCACAUCAGCGAUGAAUAG